GCCUACAAGAAAAUCACGAGCACGCCCGAGUGUGAGCGAAUAGAAACUAAGGAACACUUCGUUCAGUCAUUGUGGCAUUUAUGGAUUGGAUGAAAGUUUUUAGAACAGCUGAGAUCUCUGGUGCGACGUCUUCCGUUUGGCUCUGGUUGAUUUUGGUGUUUGUCAUCUUCAUCAAGUCUUCCUCGGCUAAACAGAUAAAUAUUACUGCUGUGUUUGGUGAAAAUGUUACUUUGCCAUGUCGAGUUUUGGAUGGUAACAAAACCAUCAAUGGCCUAGAGUGGAGCAAACCUGAGCUGAAGACAGAAUAUGUCCUGUUGUACCGGGAUGGACACUUGGGCUUAUUCAACCAGCAUCCAUCUUUUAAGAACCGGGUGGAUCUGCAGGACAGACAGAUGAAGGAUGGAGACGUGUCUCUGAUUCUGAAGGAUGUGACGACUGCUGAUGCUGGAAUAUACGCAGUCCGUAAGAUUCCAGAAACAAAGCGCAGGAAGAGAGCUAAUCUGGGCGGUGAUCCCAUCUGCAUCAUCAACCUGAGUGUUGUUGAUCCUCCAGUCAAGAAAAACAUCACAGCUGGAGAGACUGUCGUUCUGCCAUGUCAAGCUCUGAACACCAACAUCAAUCCUAACACAGUUGUAGAGUGGAGCAGAGCUGACCUGAAGCCAAAAUAUGUCCUUUUGUACCGCAACAAGCAGUUUGAUCCAGAUGACCAACAUCCAUCUUUUCAGAACCGGGUGGAUCUGCAGGACAGACAGAUGAAGGAUGGAGACGUGUCUCUGAUUCUGGAGAAUGCGACAACUGCUGAUGCUGGGAUAUACGAGAUCCGUAUAAGUCCAAGAACAAAGCGCAGGAGGAGAGCUAAUCUGGGCGGGGAGCCCAUCUGCAUCAUCUACCUGAGUGUUGUUGAUCCUCCAGGUCAGACAGGAGGACACACAGAGGAUAGACCUGUUGGACUGAUAGCUGGCCUGUCAAUUUCUGUUGUGCUGCUUGUUGUUGUUGGUGGUGGUUUUCUGAUCUACAGUAUCCAGAAAAAACAGCAGCCGAUGGAUUCAUACCAUCAUUCGGCUAACCAACAACUGACCUGUGAACAGCAAAACUGUAAGCCUCUUCUUUCUGUAGGAAAAACAGAUGAAGCCUUGUGGGGUUUCAGCCUUGACCGCUGUUUGCAACCAAGACGAAUACUGGAAACGUACAAAGAAAAGAUCCUAACCUUAUAGUGCAGAAAUUUGAAUUUGUUUUUCUUUUUGUCCUUUUUUUUUUUUUUUUAACUCUUAUCAGAGAAAUGUUCUUGUUUCUCACAAUGCAUGCUACAACCAUUUGGCUAGCUCCUGUGCAAUUAGCUCAGAUGCGUUUGGCAUGUUGGAUUCAAGGCACUGAGGUUAUAAUGGCUAAUGGCACUGUAAACAUAAUACACUGUAAACACAAGUGUAAAUGCAGUACACUAAACCAUAAACCUGAUACAGUGUAAACACGGGUUUAAAACGGUACACUAGACUGUGGUCAUGAUCAGAGAUGGGCAGUAACGAGUUACUAUAAUCCGAUUACCGUAAAGUAAGGGAUUACUAUUGCAAAAAGGUAAUUCGAUUACUGUUACUUUCCCGUAAGCACGCUGCGUUACUGCGUUACUAAAACCGUGAUUUUUUUUGCGAGAGUGUCUCAUGACAAUGAC